AUGCUCAUGGCGUUCUCUACUGGCGUGGUGCCAGAGUCCCUGUGGUACUGCUCCGACUUCAGACUGGCGGCUUCACUUGUGAUCAUCCAGCCAUCGUCGGGGCGCGUGGUUCUAGUUCACGAUACGGCGAAGAACUAUUGGUUUCUGCCUCGUGGAAGAAAGGAUGUAGGAGAGUCGCUCGAGGAGGCGGCUCUGCGAGAGGGCUACGAAGAGAGUGGAUACCGAGCAACGUUCUUGCCUCUCCUCCUUCCAAGCGGCGCUCCCAUUCCGCCUGAUGCCCGCGCCGGGGAUGAUGGACUUCGGACGGAGCCCAUAUACAUUCGCGCCAUGGGUAUACCCAGCGUCGUUGAUAGAUCCAACCGCAUUCGUUCGCGCGGAGAGGAGUACAUCGUCUUCUUUUACGUGGGCCAGAUCCCCGCUGAUGCUAUCCGGGAAGAGGGUACCGGUAUGGCCGAUGAACAGGCUUACGUGGGAAAACUAGUAACGCCCGAGGAAGCGAGAGAGCAUCUUGCGUACGAUCCGUUUCUACAGACGGUGGUCACAGUCGCUCUAGACAGGUGGCGCGCAACCGAACGCCAUGCGUCUGGACAGAACAGUGAGAUCGAGGACAGGACUGGUACCAGCAUACGCCAGACCAGCGACACGACAGACGCUCCAGCGGAGACGGUAUCCGUAGGCGCUGCUUCAAGACCUGCCUCACAAGGCCGAUUCUCCAACUGGUUUCGGCGGCAGUCCGGCUCAGGCGGUUAG